AUGUAUGCUUCGUAUCCCGGACAUAGGCCAUUCUUACCGUUCUUUACAGAAACAUUCGCGAUUGCGUUGUUGAUUAACAGCAGUCAGAACACCACAGCAACCAAAUUGAAUCUUCAUAGAAAACAGGUACACGGAACAACGGACGUGUCAGCCAAAGAUGAGCAUAUCCUGGUCAGUCGAGUAAAGAGGGGUGUAUACUAUCGGAGAGGAGCGCCAGGAUUUGCUGGUCUCACUGGUGAGCUCGGUGAAAAAGGUGACGAUGGUCUUCCGGGAAGUCCUGGGAUCCAGGGCCCGGCAGGUCUGGACGGGGCCAAGGGAGAGCAGGGACCUGUGGGACCUCCAGGGGUUCCAGGGAUGCCAGGCGAUUUCGGACCAAAAGGUACCAGAGGAACAUAUGGUCCUCCUGGCCCACCAGGAUUUCCUGGUAGCAAAGGGGAGACUGGCUACCCAGGAGAGAUGGGUGAAUGGGGUCCACCCGGUAGUCCAGGACCACAAGGACUAGAAGGCAACAAAGGAGACAGAGGCGAUUUUGGUCCACCAGGACACCCUGGAGAGCCAGGUCCAAAGGGUGCAGAGGGAGCAGAAGGUUAUAUGGGCGUACCGGGUCCGAUGGGAGGCCAAGGCUAUCCUGGAGAUAUGGGAAGGAGAGGACAACCAGGAAUUCCAGGUGCACCAGGUGAACCUGGUGCAGCGGGUUCUUUUGGUCAUCCUGGACAGAUAGGUUUUCCCGGAUCACCGGGACCAACCGGUCCACGGGGUGAUGAAGGAGUUGUAGAGCUUAAUAACCUGGGUGAUUUUAUCGACCAACCAGGACCAGAAAUGGGAACAAAACUACCUGUAUUUAACCAGGAGGCUGGUUCUCCUGUCACCUUCCUGGACUCUGAAUCUAAUCCAUUACCAAGCGAGAGCCUGGGGGAGUCAGAAAUGGGAUACGUUAUGGCAGGUCGCAAAGAUGCCCCCAUGAUGGUGAUACCAGGGAGGAAUGCACUAUUAAUGUCCAGUAAAGAACAAGCGUUGGCACCUGCUAUGAUAUCGAAAGAUGGACAAGAGAUGCCUGCUCCAUCAAUGAUGAUGGGAAAGAACGGUCAAGCAGCCCCUAUGUUUUUUGGUAAAUCUUCAGAAGAGGCGCCAGGACCAGCGAUGAUGAUGACUAAGGAUGGGCAAGCAGCCCCUAUGUUUUUAGGUAAAUCUUCAGAAGAGGCGCCAGGACCAGCGAUGAUGACGAAGGAUGGACAAGCAGCCCCUAUGUUUUUUGGUAAAUCUUCAGAAGAGGCGCCAGGACCAGCAAUGAUGAUGACGAAGGAUGGACAAGCAGCCCCUAUGUUUUUAGGUAAAUCUUCAGAAGAGGCGCCAGGGCCAGCGAUGAUGAUGACUAAGGAUGGACAAGCAGCCCCCAUGUUUUUUGGUAAAUCUUCAGAUGAGGCGCCAGGACCAGCGAUGAUGAUGACGAAGGAUGGACAAGCAGCCCCUAUGUUUUUGGGUAAAUCUUCAGAUGAGGCGCCAGGACCAGCGAUGAUGAUGACGAAGGAUGGACAAGCAGCCCCUAUGUUUUUGGGUAAAUCUUCAGAUGAGGCGCCAGGACCAGCGAUGAUGAUGACGAAGGAUGGACAAGCAGCUCCGGUGGCAGGACAAUGGGUAUCAAAAGCCUUACCUUCAUUUGCAGUUAUGUUUCCAUAUUCCGAAUCGGAUAUACCGGUGGGUCCGGUCAGUGGUACUGAUAUUGAUACAGCGGAGAUGCCUGAAGAAGAAGAAGAAGAAGAAGAAGAAGAAGAAGAACAAGAAGAAGAAGAAGAACAAGAAGAAGAACAAGAUCAAGAAGAACAAGAACAAGAAGAACAAGAACAAGAAGAAAGAACUGAAGUCGAGGAAGAGGAAGAAGAGGAAGAAGAGGUCAAACCCGUAAUCACAGAAGAGGUUAUACAUGAAGUCGAAGAAGAAGAAGUAGAGGUUGUAACCGAAGUCGAAGAAGGGGAAGAAGAGGUAGAACCUGAAGUCGAAGAAGGGGAAGAAGAGGUCGUACCUGAAGUGAAAGAAGAGGUCGUACCUGAAGUCGAAGAAGAAGAGGAAGUCAAACCUGAAGUGGAAGAAGAGACAGUACCUGAAGUGGAAGAAGAGGUUGAACCUGAAGUCGAAGAAGAGGCCGUACCUGAAGUGAAAGAAGAGGUCGUACCUGAAUUCGAAGAAGGAGAAGAAGAGGUCGAACCUGAAGUCGAAGGAGAAGAAGGGGUCGAACUUGAAGUCGAAGAGGCCGUACCUGAAGUCGAACACGAGGAAAAAGAGGUCGAACCUGAAGUCGAAGAAGAGGUCGAACCUAAAGUGGAAGAAGAGAAAGAAAACGUCAAAACUGAGGUCGAUCACGUCGAACCAGAGGAAGAGCUAAGUGAGGAUGAUAUUAGCAAGGUAAAUUCUGAAGUUGAUUCUGAAAAUUCACAGGACGAAGAAGAAUCUGAAAUGGAUAGUGAUGGAACUGAGGAGGAAACGGAAGAAAUAGAGGGAACAGAAAGAGAAACAACUGAUUAUGGUGACGAGGAUGAAAAUGAGCUCGCUCCUUAUAUAAUUGGAAACGAAUCCGUGAAAACAAAAUAAUGUGUGGUAAAUAUGUUGAAAAAUAGUAGAAGAUGAAAUAGUUUUAACUAUUAAAAAACGCGAUGUUAUAUGGAUUACGCAAUAUGAUGCGAAAAUACGGAUCAAUACACCUAUUUUUUUACGUUUUGUAUCAUCUAUAUUAAAAGCAAUUCAGGACAAUUAUAUUUUUGUAUGAAAUGAAUAACUUUCUGAUACGAGAUAUUCUCCCAUGUUGAUAUUACUGUAAAUCACAAUAAUUUUUGCGUACCCUAUUUUUUUAUAAAAAAUAAACGUAUUUUUUUGCUUCGUAAUUGAGAGAAUGCUAUUUAAGUGAUGUUAAUUAUCGAUUCAAUCAAUAUGGGUGAAAGAUAUAAAUUCGCGAAUUGUCAUAACUAGAAUAGCGGGGAAAUGUUUAUCUUGAAAAUAUAGUGAUUUAUAGUAUACUGGGUUGCUCUAAAUGGUAUUUUGUGAUCUCAAUUUGCCGGGCAGCUCUAUCCUAUUUUACCGCAGUGUGAUAUCCACCGACAGGAUGUCUUGUCUAAAUUACUCUGUAAAUACAGAGACAUUAUAGGUUGUCUGUAUCUUGUAUAGCUACGUAAGACAGCAUAAGUAAUGCUAAAAUAUAGUUUAAUGAAUUUAUAGAUUUAUUUUCUCUUCAGUGUGGUCAGUGCGUAUGAAGCUUUCCCUUGUUGUUUGUUUGUUUGUUUGUUGUUUCUUGUUAAAUACUUGAAAUAAUAAUGCAGGAGUCUGGAUGAUUGGAUUUUAUUUGGUAAAUAAAUACAUAUAUU